AUGCAGUGGAAGAAGCAUAGCUUUGUUCGUGCCUUCCCAGUGCUGGGCACGGUGGUCGUGUCAGCUUUUGCCAUUUCAUACACAUGGAACUAUGCGCGUCUAAAGAAAAGUUAUCAUAUGAACCGCUUCGACUGGGACGAACCGAGUGUGCUUAAAUUCUACAAAGAUGCGACUUCCGGCUCGAAAGAGUGGAAAAACAAACGUGUUCCACGUGCGUGGGAAGAGGACCAGAAUGCUCAAGAAAAAUAA